GAACGGCGCACGACAGAGCGAGACGGACGUCCGAGCAGAAGACAACCGCCGCCAUUUUUCUCUUGACAUUGCCAUCGUAGCUGCUCUCGCGGUGCUAUUGUCGCAGGGACUCGCAAUCGUCUCUCCUCUCUUCUCUCUCUCUCUAUCCGUCUCGCUCCAAGUUGAAGCGACGACGACGUCGAUAACGAGGAGGAGGGAGCGGCUACGUCGAGGCGGUGACGACGAGGUGGACGAGGAAGACGACGACGACGGCGAUAGUGGUGGUGGUGAUACCCGGAUGGUCUCUGUGUACAGUGCGUAUUAGGAGAUAAGGGCCGAGUACAGAGAUAACAUUUAGACGUCAGUGAUAGAUCGCGUCUGCUCUCUCAUCGUCGUUGACGGCUGCGGGGGAGGGUGAAGAGGAGGAGAAGAAACAGUGACGGAUAUCUUUCACGUCAACGAUACGAACGGCAGUCGCGCACGAUCGAGUGAGAAGGAAAUCUCGCGACUGACGGAUUGGCCGACGAGGGAGAGGACAAGGGCAGCGACGACGAGAGCAAGGAGGUCGACGAUCGCGAUACGUCGUUCUCGGGAACCGUCCGUCAUCCAGAGGCAUCGGUGAACGUCAAUCUAUCCGUGAAAGGACGGCUCCCCUAUCGUUCCGCGAAACAACGAGGUGGAUCAUCGACGUGGUGCUCGUUGAUAUCGUAUUGUCGCACGGUCACGCGUCACCGCGUACAUCGGCAGCAGCGCCACCGGGAUGGAGAGACGAGCCGUUUUUGUGCUGCUGGGGCUGCUAUAUUUAGCGGUGGGCACCCUCGUCAAGGCAGUGACGUAUGAGGGACCGCCGAAGGAGAUACUCAAGGGAGCAAAUUGGCAGAUCACGUGCAAGAACUUAAAGGAUGAUGAACAGGUUAGAUGGACCAGGAACGGUGAGACGCUGGAACUGGAGCUGUCCAGUGGUCAGCUGACUGUCAAACCUGGCGACGGGUUUAGCACGCUUUCGGCGACCCAAGCGAGAGACAGUCACGAUGGAAAUUACAAAUGCACGUCCGACAGUGCGGACUCUUUCCAUCUCAUGAUACAUUACGAUGUAAAGAUUAGAGUACUUACGCCCAAGGAUGUACUACCUUUGGUGCUUGAAUGCGUAAACAAGAGUGAUAAAGCGGUGUGGAUGAAGGAGAACACAUCAUUGAGUACAGCGCUAACUGGCAACGAAGACAUCAUAAAGAUUAACAAUGAGACCGGCAGUCUGGAGAUUUUAAAGGACAAGAAGGAGGUUUAUGGCAAUUAUACUUGUAAAGUGGACAACUCCACGAUCAAAUACAAAGUCGUACCGAAACCGAUAGCGUUUCUGGCUGAAUCUACUAGUGUGGUGGAGGGCGAGAAGCUGCACUUGGUAUGCCACGCAAAAGAGCCGAGCCCCGGCGCAAGGAUAUCCUGGACUUUCGGAGAUCAAAAUUAUACGGAAUCCAAAGAUCGCGUGAAGAUCUCCAACAGUGUGGAAACCGGCAUCUACGGCGCUGUUCUAAAUGUUGAAAACAUCGAAAUGACCGAUCGCGGUAACGUUAUCUGCAGAAUGUCGUACAACUGGUCCGAUCCCAAUCUCGCGGAACACUCGUCGGAAGCCGAGACAUUCCUCAGGGUUAAGGAUAAACUUGCGGCACUCUGGCCCUUCCUAGGCAUUUGUGUGGAGGUCGUAGUUUUGUGCGCUAUCAUUUUGGUCUACGAAAAGAAGCGGAACAAAGCCGAACUCGAGGAGUCCGAUACUGAUCAGAGUCCUGAUACUAAACCAACGCCCAACAAGGAGUCCGAUGUCAGACAGAGAAAGUGAAUCAACAAAUACACGAAUGGGAGCGAUGCAAUAGAAACGAGGGGCUGUUAUGUGUCACAGAGUGUUAUAAAGAAAAUUCGUAAAGAUAUCGGGACUUGAAUGAGAGAGAUAUAAUGUCACAAAUAUGGAAUAAACACUGAAAAAUGGACUGCAGCUCAAGUGGGCCAUUCAUGGUGCACACCUGCGUGAAGGCAGGUUUCGUGCAGCAAACGCGUGCAUAGCAGGAUCACACAAGUUACUAACAAAUUAAAUUAAGCCUUAUUACGGUGUUCACUCCAUUUAUCAGAUGUUCGCCUGUUCGUAUUCUUUAACUACACCGCUUUGACCGACGGAGAGAAAAAUGUGUUGACACGAGUUAUAUGUAUAAGUAAGUGCCGAUGAUGAUAGAAAUGUGUGUGCCAGGAAAUGAAGGAUGAGAGAGAGAGAGAGGGAGAGAGAGGAAAAUAUAGAGAAAAAAGAGAGAGAAAGAGAAACAAAAAAUAAUGUAUGAAUGAAGAGUUUAAAAGUAAAUAGAGAUCGCGACAAGUCGAAAAAUAAGCAUGCUCGCCGAACGUGAUGAGUAGAUAUAAGUUUCCAUAAAAACACUUCGAAGUGCGAACUUCUGAUAAACACCAAUAGUUUGAUCGUGCGUUUAUUCGUUACGUACAUUCUGCGCUCGCACGUUCGUCGAGCAUGCCAUGGAAGUAUUAGAUUCGCGUAGAAGUCGUUUCUCAAACUUCGCACGUGUGACAGAAGAAAAUCAAUAAAAUAAACUUUAUGGUAGGGCCGAAAAUAUGUGCUCGAUACUAGUUACGUAAUAUAAUAGGAACGCGGGCAGUGCGUGCCACAAUUGGCUUCCGGAUAUAUGUUUGCGUACUUUCGAAGAUACAAAAAGAAGAGAGAAAGAGAGAAUGAGAGAGAGAGAAAGAAAGAGAGAGAGAGAGAGCCUAUCUUUGGCGUCGCCUUAUAUUAUGAUAUAUUCCAUCGCGUUAGUGGAUAUCCCGGAAGUCUGGCUGCACGCGACGCCGUUGUUAACGAUAUUAAUGUAAUUAAUACUGUAAUAUUAUUGCCAUCGUUAUUACUGCUGCUACAACUAUCGUUAUUAUGAUUAUUACAAGUAUUAUAUCGUUAAUUUUA